AGAAUCAAGCUUAAAAUGGCAUUUCAUUGCCUUUGCCAAAUAGCGAGGACUGCUCGGACCAUCUCAGUAAAUCAAUGCGUCUCAAAACCAGCGCCAAGAACACUAUUCAUAACAUUUCCAGCUCAACUGGGAAUGGUACCUAUAGUCGUCGAACAAACUGGUCGUGGGGAGCGUUCGUAUGACAUUUAUUCUAGACUCCUUCGUGAACGGAUUAUUUGCCUCAUGGGAUCGAUCAAUGACGAAAUUAGUUCCCUCAUUGUUGCUCAACUCUUAUUUCUUCAAUCUGAGUCUAGCAAGAAGCCUAUACAUCUUUACAUCAAUUCUCCCGGUGGAAAUAUAACAGCUGGACUUGGUAUUUAUGACACGAUGCAGUACAUAACUCCUCCAGUAGCUACGUGGUGUGUGGGACAAGCGUGUAGUAUGGCGUCGUUACUUUUAGCUGCUGGCUCUCCAGGCAUGAGACACGCGCUUCCAAACUCCCGAAUCAUGAUUCACCAGCCUUCUGGAGGUGUUAGAGGCCAAGCAACAGAUAUACAGAUUCAGGCUGAAGAGAUCCUAAAACUAAAAGCUCAAAUCAAUGCUCUGUAUGUGGAACACACAUGCCUGCCCGCUGAGAAAGUGCUGGCUUCAAUGGAGCGAGAUUAUUUCAUGUCUCCUGCUGAAGCGAAGGCAUUUGGUUUGAUAGACAAUGUGUUAAAGCAUCCGCCAUCUCAUCCAUUGGAGAAUCCGCUUGGAAGUAGUUCGACUUUAAAAUAGAAUCUUGUUAGUUGUGAUAUUGGUAAGGAACAAAUGUUUGACGUCAACCUUAAAAAAAGGCCCUACAUCGUCCACUAUUCAUAGGGGGAAGCGGGGCUGAUUCGAACACUUUUUUUUAACUUUAUUUUUGGGCUGCUAAAUGAAAUUAUAAUGAAUAUUUUUUUCUACCUAAUUGAUGAUAUAACUAAUAAACAUUACCUAAUUUAAUCUUGUCUUUCAUAAAUAGCAUUGAAUAAUUGAAAAAAAUUGAUUUUAACAAAAACAUGGGAAUUGUCCAAUUC